GCUUUUGUUAGAACAACAUAACAAACACAUAAGAAAUGUCGAAAUUACUUUCGUACGCCGCUAAAAGCAAUUUGCGUAAUACGCGCUUUGCUCUCAAUCCAAUUUGCCAGCAUGCAGCCAGAAAUUUUAUUGCGCCUGUUGCGAUGCGCAACGUGGAGACGGCGACGCUGCUGAAGCAAAAGCCGCUGGCUGGAGUGCCCAGCUUGGGGCAGCUUGUAAAGCGCAGCAUGUUCAUUCAGACACAGAAUACACCCAAUCCGGACAGCUUGAAGUUUCUGCCAGGCAUUGAAGUGCUUGGCAAAGGCAACACAUAUGAUUUUCCCAGCGUUGGCGCUGCACAGAACAGUCCGUUAGCUAAAUUAUUGUUUCGUGUCGAGGGUGUGCGUGCUGUGUUCUUUGGCGCUGAUUUUGUCACCAUUUCCAAGGAGGAGAGCAGCGAAUGGAGUCUGAUCAAGCCUGAGGUGUUUGCUGUUAUUAUGGACUUCUUUGCCAGCGGGCUGCCGGUGCUGCAUGAAGCGCGUCCCAAUGCGGAUACAGAAAUACUAGAGGACGACGAUGAGACAGUGAUGAUGAUCAAAGAGCUGUUGGACUCACGCAUACGUCCGACAGUGCAGGAGGAUGGUGGCGAUAUUGUUUUCAUGGGCUAUGAAAACGGCAUAGUCAAGUUGAAAAUGCAGGGCUCGUGCUCAUCGUGUCCCAGUUCGAUUGUCACCUUGAAGAAUGGUGUGCAGAAUAUGCUGCAAUUCUAUAUACCGGAGGUGGAGUCUGUGGAGCAGGUCUUCGAUGAAGUGGACAAGGUCACGCAUAAGGAGUUUGAGCGCUUUGAGCAAAACUUGAAAACAAAAGCGCCUGCUAAUGCGCCUGUAAGCAUUGGCGGUAGCAACAAUUAAUAUUAAUAAUUAAUAAUAUUAGAGCAAUGUUAACUAUAGCGUCGUUACAAAAUGCAAAUGUAUAGCUUUCCUUUU